AGCAGAAAGCUUUGUCCUCACAAGUUCUGAUGUUAGGAAGAGUGGAAAAAAGUGUAGAAGCUCACUGUGGAGCAGUACUGGCAGGAAGAUGGAAUUAUGAAGGAACAGCUUUGGUUACAGUUGGAGAAGAUGGACAAGUAAAAAUCUGGUCAAAGACUGGAAUGCUAAGAUCAACUUUAGCUCAGCAAGGAACACCAGUGUAUUCAGUAGCAUGGGACCCUGAUUCAGAAAAGGUUCUUUACACAGCAGGCAAGCAGCUGAUCAUUAAACCUCUUCAACCAAAUGCUAAAGUUUUACAGUGGAAAGCUCAUGAUGGCAUUAUUUUAAAAGUAGAUUGGAACUCAGUCAAUGAUUUAAUUUUAUCUGCUGGUGAAGACUGUAAAUAUAAGGUAUGGGAUAGUUAUGGCCGCCUUCUGUACAAUUCACAGCCCCAUGAGCAUCCUAUUACCUCAGUUGCCUGGGCUCCAGAUGGAGAAUUAUUUGCUGUUGGAUCGUUUCAUACUUUACGUUUGUGUGAUAAAACUGGGUGGUCAUAUGCUCUGGAAAAGCCCAACACUGGCAGCGUAUUUAAUAUUGCCUGGUCGGUUGAUGGCACCCAGAUUGCUGGAGCCUGCGGAAAUGGACAUGUGGUCUUCGCACACGUGGUGGAGCAACGUUGGGAGUGGAAAAAUUUUCAAGUAACAUUAACCAAAAGACGGACUAUGCAGGUGCGUAACGUUCUUAAUGAUGCAGUGGAUUUACUGGAAUUCCGUGACAGAGUCAUUAAAGCAUCUUUGAACUAUGCCCACCUAGUUGUUUCAACGUCUCUUCAAUGUUAUGUGUUCUCUACGAAGAACUGGAAUACACCACUUAUAUUUGAUCUCAAAGAAGGAACUGUUAGUUUAAUUCUGCAAGCAGAAAGACAUUUUCUUCUUGUAGAUGGUGGUGGUAUCUAUUUAUAUUCUUAUGAAGGGCGCUUCAUUUCUUCUCCAAAAUUUCCUGGAAUGAGAACAGAUAUUCUGAAUGCACAGACUGUAUCUCUGAGUAACGAUACCAUAGCAAUAAAAGACAAAGCCGAUGAAAAAAUUAUCUUCCUCUUUGAGGCAUCAACUGGAAAACCAUUAGGUGAUGGAAAGCUUCUCUCUCAUACGAAUGAAAUUUUGGAAAUUGCUCUGGAUCAAAAAGGACUUACUAAUGACAGAAAAAUUGCUUUUAUUGAUAAAAAUAGAGAUCUCUAUAUCACCUCAGUGAAACGAUUUGGGAAGGAAGAACAAAUUAUCAAACUUGGAACAAUGGUGCAUACUUUGGCAUGGAGUGAUACAUGCAAUAUCCUUUGUGGACUUCAAGAUACUCGAUUUACAGUGUGGUAUUACCCCAAUACAGUUUAUGUGGACAAAGACAUUUUGCCCAAAACAUUAUAUGAAAGGGAUGCCAGUGAAUUUAGUAAAAAUCCCCAUAUUGUGAGCUUUGUGGGAAAUCAGGUAACUAUAAGAAGAGCCGAUGGCUCACUGUUUCACAUGAGCAUAUCACCAUAUCCUGCUAUUCUCCAUGAAUAUGUGAACAGUUCAAAAUGGGAAGAUGCUAUAAGACUCUGUCGCUUUGUUAAGGAACAAACCAUGUGGGCUUGUCUAGCUGCUAUGGCAGUUGCUAAUCGAGAUAUGACAACUGCAGAAAUAGCCUACGCAGCGAUUGGUGAGAUUGAUAAGGUUCAAUACAUCAAUUCUAUAAAAGAUCUUCCAUCUAAAGAAUCAAAAAUGGCCCACAUAUUAAUGUUUAGUGGGAAUAUACAGGAAGCUGAAAUACUACUUCUUCAGGCUGGCCUUGUUUACCAAGCAAUCCAGAUAAAUAUCGAUCUCUACAAAUGGGAAAGGGCACUUGAAUUGGCUGUUAAAUAUAAAACACAUGUUGAUACAGUUCUUGCCUACCGUCAAAAGUUUUUGGAGACAUUUGGUAAACAGGAAACUGAUAAACGAUACUUGCAGUAUGCAGAAGGUCUCCAAAUAGAUUGGGAGAAAAUCAAAGUAAAAAUUGAGAUGGAAAUUACUAAAGAACGAGAGCGAUCAUCAAGCAGCCAAUCCAGCAAGAUUUUAGGGCAAAAGCACUAAAUGCCAUGCUUAUCUUUAAGAAGUUUUACCUGCUGAAACUAAUUCUGAUAAACCAGGGAAAGCCUGUGUUCUUCACUAAAGAGAAAGGUAGAAUCUUUAAAUAUGAGCACUUGCUGUGUAUUUAAUGCUAAAAGUAUAUUCAGAAAGACUAAACACAAUUAUUGAUGUAAUUUCAUCUUUUAUAUUUUUUAGUCUAAUAGUUCGCAAAACAUUCCUAUAUAUUUAUGAUACGUCUAUGUAGUGUUGCUUACAUUCCACAUUUUUGUCCAUUAUUUUAUCCCUGAAUCUUCAACAUGAACAAAUAUUA